AUUCGAAAGCUGUUGCGCACAUUGAGGGAAGAGAAUCGGAAACGCUCAUCAUAUCUGCUUUACUUACAGCAGUCGAGAAUAACACUUUUACGUCUAACGAAUUACGUUGAAAAACUAUCUCUAAGAAUCCAGAGGGAGAAGUCAGUGGUUGAAGAGUGCCUCGUGGAAGUUCUGGUUGUUCGGUUUUAUCUUGAAAAUAAAGAUCAACAAAUGAAACGCUUCUUACAGGAAUUUGUGAUCCUUAAUGCUCAGGACGAGAAAACGGAUUGCUUAUUACGGACUUUGUCGGGUAUGUAUACCCGUUUGCCUGUAUCGUCCAUGUGGCAGUUGGCUCCUGCUCACCUCAUUGCUUAUGCUCGAAAAACUAUCGAACGAGUGUUGUUCUCAAAAUCUCUUUCGCGUCUGUCUAGAUCAAUUCAUCCAGGUCAUCCAAUGCUGAGAAUCCCUAGUGUUCUUCAUGGUGAAGCGCCUUGGCCGUCGGCUCAAGCAGAGAUUAAUAUAAUUAACGCUUACAAGUCUGCAAGAGAUAAACUGGCAUGUGUUGUGAGGUGUUGCGAAACCAUAAGCAAUCUCAUAUCAAUGGCACCUGGUAUGGGAGCAGCGGCGGCGGAUGACGUCACACCGGUACUUGUCUACGUACUUAUUCAGGCGAAUCCACCAUCUCUGCUUUCGAACGUGCAGUACGUGCAGGGAUUCGGCGGGUCACUUCUCGAUGGAGCAGAGGGAUAUUGGUGGACGCAGUUCACAGCUGCUAUUGAAUUCGUCAAAACUCUUUUGUGA